UGAACCCCAGGGCGGGAAAAAUGGCGGCGUUUGCUGACGGCUGUCUCUUCGUUUGAUUUGCUCGGUCACUCACUCCCAGUCGGUGCUUUUUGUUUGAUGGUUUGCCUCGGACAGCGGAUUCUGAGGGUUCCCAGUGAGCUUCAUUGAGAAGUCAAUGACCUGCUGGACAAGCAGCUUGUAACUGACAGCAAUUAAUUACUCACCUGAGUAAUUUCUUCGAGUAUUCACUCUUAUUGAACCUUGUCAGCUACCUCUCAACGGGAUAUCAUUGACUUUGUUCUUAAGAAAUAUAUAGUAGUUGAUCACAUGACUUUUAUGAUCAUAUGAGCUUUUGAGUGUGACUGGGAGAACUCCUGGCUGAAUCAGAUGGUGUUGCUGUCUUGGGGGAAUUAAAAAAAAACUUCACAAUUCUUAUCCCAGCACUGUUGGUGCUGAACUCCAUGUUAAUUUUGUUAUCAUUUGAAAAUGGAUCCAAAACCAAAUAGAACUGCUUUGAAUCCUGCAAAGCAUCUAGUUCGGAAAGACCUACAGAUGAAGAAAUCUGAUUUCUCAAAGAAAACUCAUCAGAGUAAUGUGUCAGCAGGCCUAACACAGCUUCCCAUAAGUGCAUCUCUGGAACAUCCCAUAAAGCAAGACUGGUGUAAGGUGCGGCGUGUAAAAAGAAGCAUGAUUCCUUAUAGAGUCAAUUAUAACUGGAGCAGAGGUGGGCGAUUAAAGGAGCUUCGUAUCAGGCACCUUGCAAGGAAGUUCCUGUACUUAUGGGUGCGCAAAACGCUUGGCAGAAUCCUUCCAUCCAAGGCCAGAUCUCAUUACUGUCAUGCUUUGUUGAAUAAAACAUUUGAUGGAUGGAAGGAACAGUGGUGGUGUGCUCGCGUAGAAUGGAAGUUGAUGGUUCGAGCAGAUUGUCACUACAGGUACUACAUUUAUAAUCAGACAUGGAAAACCUGGCAGAUGUACAUUCUUCAAAAAAAGAAGAAGAAAUCAAAAUACAUGAUUGCUGCUUCACAUGCUAAUUUGCAGUUGCUGCAAAAAGUCUGGAUCCAUUGGUGUUGGUACAUAAAAAUUCGCAAAACCAAACAUUUGAUGCAAGUUGAGGCACAGGUGUUUCAUAUAAGAACUAUUGCUCGGCAUGUGUGGUCCAUUUGGACUCAGCAGUUGCGGAGGAAGGAAAGAAAUCGUGCAAAGGAUGGCUUAGCAAUGCAGCACUGGGCAGAAACCUUGCAGCACAAGGCUUGGCUUCAGUGGAAUGCAAUGUUACAUCAGUCGGUGAAAGGCCAGGAACUGGCUGCUGAAGCGCAGCAGGUACAUCAGCACAGGUGCCUGCGUCAUUCAUUCCUGUCUUGGCUGGUUUACAACCAGGUUCGCAGACUGAAGAAACAUCAACAGCGACUGGCUAAGCAGUUAUACACAAACAAUGUUGUGUCACAAUACUUUUCUCUGUGGAUCUCUGCCUGGCAUCAUCAAAAGAGCAUCUGCGCCCUUGAGAUUCGCAUCAGUAAAUUGAGCAGGAGGUGCAUACUACGGAGGAUCUUUCAGCAUUGGAGUCAUUACAUUGUUCUGAGGGCUGAAAAGAUUGAACUGUGCAAAUUGGCAGAUCAUCAUUACCGCUGUUACCUGCUGAGAUUGGGUUUUGUUGCUCUGAACGGUAAUGUGGGAAACAAGCGUCUGAAACAAGUACAGAACAACUUGGCAUUCCAGCAGUCAGUCAUAUGGGUGCUGCAAAAGUGCUGGAAUCAGUGGAAGAUGUGUUUGGAGAAGCAAGAGGAGCUUGAGCUUCAGGAACAGUCUCAAGAAGCCCAAAAUCACUUCAGGAGGGUAUUGUUGAAGAAAUCUCUGCACUAUUGGAUGACACGCCUUCAAGAGAAAAGGUGGUAUCAGGUUCAAGGUAAAAGGGCUGUAGCUCACCAUAGAAUGAUGCUGUUGCCUUUUUUCCUGAAAAAAUGGAGGUUGUUUGUCAGUGAGAAGAAACACCUAUAUCAACUAAAAGAGACUGCAGGAGUAUUUCACAGAGAGGUGGUACAGAGAUCGGCCUUUUAUGCUUGGUGGAAGAUCAUGGAUCAGCUUUGUGAGAAGCGGCUGGCAGAGAGACUGGCAGUGAUUCAUUCUACUCGACACUUGUUACUUCGUUACUGGUGUUGCUGGCGUGUGCAGACUGCUGUCCAAGUGGAGGAGAGAGAGAAGACGACCGCUGCUGAUGAUUUCUUUAGGCAACAGUUGUUACUGAAGUAUAUUCACUUUUGGAUAGAGACUGUGGGAGAGCAGAAAGCAGGACGAGACAAAGAAAUGGAAGCUAUAAGACACCGGUACAAGUUUUCCUUGCAUAGGACCUGGAGUGCUUGGCAACAGUACGUGCAGAAAAAGCAUGAAAAGUGGAAGAAGCAGAUGUGUGCUGAUGCUCAUUUUCACCGGGUAUUGCUCUGUAAAGCUUUAAAUGGAUGGAAGGUAUACCAUCAAAUCACUCAUCAAAUUUUGUAUAAGGUGGAUGAGAAGGAGAAGAAAUGGAGACACAAUCUCUUAAGAUUUUCUUUUUCCACUUGGAAACAAAAUGCACAUGAACUGGCUGAUGAAGCAAGGAACACUGCCAGAGCAGAUCAGCAUUAUUACCGUGUACUUUUAUCUAAGGUACUUGGGUGCUGGAGAGAUGUGAUCUCGAUUCAAGUAUAUCAGCGGCAAGAGAAAGAAAAAGUUGUGCUGAGAGCAAAGCAACAUAUUGAUUUUGUUCAUUUGCAGCACGUAUUUUCUCAUUGGAAACAGCUCAGUCAAAAAACAAUAACUCAGCGAGGGAAAUUGGAAGCUGCUUCACAACACUAUGAGCAGCAGAUUGCAAAAAAAUGCCUGCUGUUAUGGAAAUGGUAUCAUGACCAGUGUGUAAGAGUGAUGCUUUUACAGCGACGGGGAGAGUGGUUUCAGACAUAUCGACUUUGCAGAUACUACUUCACAAUCUGGAAAGUAAAACAGUUGGAUAAACAUCGAGAAAACAAACAAUCAGCACUUGCUUUAUGGCACUGGUGUCUUGUACUUCAGGGAAAGGUGUUUGAUGCCUGGCUGAUAAACAUGAGGGAGCAACAGAGAAAAAGAUUACGCGUUGCAAAAGCAGUGGAAAACUAUCAGAGUCACCUUUUGCGAAUGGGAGUUGCUGCAAUUCUUCAGUAUACCUCUGACAUGAUCCAGUUGCGCAGGCAUAUUUCUGUUGAACAUCAAGUGAAGACUGCUUAUAGCCUUCAUCAGGUUGUCUAUCGCUGUGCAAUGAUAUGGAAGCAGAGGGUACUCUGCAAAAAGGAGAGGUUGAAGCAGACAUCCACUGCCGUGGCACGAAAAAAAAAUGUGGCCUUCAAGCUUCCAGUCACUGAUGUUUGCAAAGCGAAGAAUGUUGGUACAAAAUCCCAAAUCUUGAAGAGUUCAUCUAGGAAAAUGAUUCCAAAGGCUUCAGCAAAUCCAAUCCAAUGUGAUAGCUUUCCAACAAUGCUGCUGGGUGACACAGACUUUGCCAAUUUACACUUUGAACAUCAGGCAAGAUUGCAACCAAGAAAACCAAGUUUCCUGAGUAAACCAUCACCAAAGAAAGAGCUUCAGGACAAUGGCAACAACAGCAUCAAUGAUUUGAAUCUUGGCUCCUCAAUGUCAUCUCCAGAAGAGAAAGUGGAGGCUCCUGCACAGCCCAGAGUUGAUGAAAUUAUGGUUUACACUAACUUAAAGAAGCUUUCUGAGGAUGAUACUGUAGAGCAUUUUACCUGGCAACCGCCAUUGGUAAACCUACAGACUCUUCAGUCUUCACUCUUCGCCCAUUCUGCUCCUCAGUGGCCCACCAUGGAUAACCUGCAGGAGCAGCCAGUGCCAAAGGAAGUCCUGCUGCCCCCUUCAGCAUUCCUGUCCCUUGGCCGGGAGAAAGAGAAUACAAAUGAGGAUCGGAACAGGAACAGUGCGUUUGGUGCCCACCGAGUUCAAAAGGAUCAGAGAGUUUUGACUGAACAGUCACUCACAACUAAACAGCUGCUCUCUCCAGAUUAUUUAAGGAACAGAACAGAAUUCCUCAGUGUAACAUUCCAGGACAUAGAUGCCGACACUGAAUGUGAUCAACAGUGUCAGCUGGAGGCUGAACUGAGAGCAAUACGUCAACAGAUGCAGAGCUUCCAUGACGGCAAACUGAAGCUAAGAACCUGGCAGAAACAGACUGCUGUGCUGCAGAAUUGGCUUCAGGUAAAUGCAGCAGAAGGGGAAGAAGAGGUGCUGCAGAUGAGCCAGGAGUUAAAGCAGCUGGAGAUAGACAUUGAAACACUUUCAAUGAAGCUGAAGAAAGAUGCGCCACACAUACAGCAGCACGUUGCCAGAGUGCAGGAAAUUCGGCAGAUGCUCAGAGCAUGAUGGUGUUAAUCGGCAAUCUGCCAUCUUUAUUGUUAUAGGGAAACUCAUUUUUUAAAUCUGAACUAUUUGCUGGUAUGCUGAAUCCAACCCGUGUAUCUCUUGCUUUUUCAGCCAUGGGACACAACAUUUGUGGAAGCAGCAAAUAGUGCACACUUUGAAAUGUUUCUAUGAAACUUCAUUGUGUUACAAAAAGACCUGUGGUAGACAUUAUCAUUCAGAGCUUUGUGGGGAAAUAAUAAUGUCCAAGGGAAGAUGAUACAGUAGUUGGAUUUUUUUCAAAGCUUGGAGCUGUAUUACAUAUACUUUAUUUUUACAUUAAGAAACCCACAUCUUAUGGAGCUUACUUUUACCACAACCAUGAUAAGAAAAUUUUUGCUGUGGCCUAUUACAGCAUUUCAUUGAUAAUAAGUGCCCACACGAAUAAGAAAGAAGCAGAAGUAGACCAUUCAUGAUAGUGAAGCAUACGGUACAGCACAUUUGAUUCCAAUGUCUGUCUUCAAAUAUUUUUCUUUGCGGUGCAGCAGCUGAAUGAACCAGUGUUAAUUCUCAGUCUACACUGAAAAGGGUUCCAACCCUUCUGCAGACUGGGAAUACAAGGGUUCUAAAGGUUGAUAAAAUUUUUAAAAAAUAAAACAGUUAUGCAGAUGAUGGAGAAUCACCCAUUCUAUUGUGCAUAUAAGGCUUCAUACCAAAACUAAGGAAAACUUAGAAAUUAAAAAUUAUUGUGAAAUACUGGUAUAUUUUAUUCCUUGGUCAUUAUUCACUAUUCCAUAUGAAAAUAAUCCUGCAGUGAAUAGCUGCAGGAUUGAACCAGACACUUCUAAACUAUAAAAACAGCUAACAAAAAAUAUAAUUAAAACCUCCUGUUCCCUCUCAUAUUGUACCACUGUGUGGGAAGCUCCAAAAGGACAUUUGUUAUGGCC